CGCGUUUGAUACGCCACUUCUUCUUCUUCUUCUUCUCCGAUUUAAAUCACAAAAAGAGAGAGUUUUAAUUAAGUUUACGGACUCUCUGAAGAUUACGCCUUUCGCAUCUCUCUCACUCCACGUUUCCUUUCUUCUCCCUCGCCGAAUAGAUAUCUGUCGGGAGAACAACUUUAUUCCCACAAGUUUGGUUUUGUUCUCUCCCGCCCCCCCUCUUCUUUCGAUUUCUUCCUCUACGAAGAGUAGGGGUGUGUUUUUAUGAAUGGAUGGAUUCAAGGGUAAAAGAACAGCCGCACCGGUUAUGCCCCGGAGAGCGAGUGGCCUUGUUCUGCAUGAGAAUAUGAAGAAGAAGGAUGAUAAGAUUGUCCCUACCUGCAGCCGUGUUAGUUGCAGUUCCAGGAUAAGUUCAAAUCACAAGGGUGUCUCCAUUGAUAAUAAGCCAAAAUCCACGCUUAGAUCUCCUUUAAACGGAAAGGAAACCGUUGGGAGUUCUUCUAGAACUACUAUGAGUGGUGGAUUAACAAAGGUCUCUAAAGUUACUGGUAGGAGACAACUCUCAUCUCUCUUGGACACAGAUUCUUCAGAGAGUAGUAGUGUAAAUGAUGAGGCAUCACGUGGGAAGACCAAAGAGAGCACUAUCAGAGAAGUUGUGAAAGAGGCAGGAAGCUCAAGCAGAGGUGCUAGCAGAAGCAUACAUCAGAGACCUGGUUUGGUCACCAGAGAUACUCGUAUUGGUAGUAUUAGUGGUCAAAACGCAAGAGUUGGACUAAGAGACGUGAGGAGCAAACCUGAAUCUGAUGUUCUUCCUUUCAGUUCUAACCCAACAAGAAAAUUCAACAGUUUUAGAAAGAAAAACUCUGAUGGAGAGAGCAGCUCUUCAAGCAGAGGGAAUAAGGCAGUGAUUGAGGUGAAGAACCAGAGUUCCCCUCAUGGCAAUGGCAUAACCAUGUCUGAAUCUAGGAGGAACAGAAACUUGCCUAGUGUUAGGGACAACAGUGUUGUUUCGAGUAGUACUAGGAGUAGAACAGGGCGUUCUUCUGGAGCGGGUACAGCUUUACAAGCUCCACCACAGCCUGUAACAAGAGCUGGUCUCAAUCCUUCUAGAUCUACAGAAGUAGUUUCUCGUAGUCCUUUGCAUAGUUACAGUAGGCCAAUCAGUAGUAGUAACGGCAGGUUACGUAGCCUGAUGAUGCCUGGUAGCCCCUCAGAAGCUCGCCUUUCUCGCUCUUUGAUGAACCGUGAUGGUUUCAGACGUUAUGACGUUAAUGGAGUUGCAGAGGUAUUGUUGGCUCUGGAAAGGAUGGAACAAGACGAAGAGCUUACAUACGAGCAAUUGGCUGUUUUAGAGACCAAUCUGUUCUUGAAUGGCUUCCAUGAUCAGCAUAGAGAUAUGAGGCUUGACAUUGAUAACAUGUCGUACGAGGAGCUAUUAGCACUGGAGGAGAAGAUGGGCACAGUGAGCACUGCUCUAAGCGAGGAAGCUCUCCUUAAAAGCCUGAAGUUAAGCACUUUCCACCAUCCAACAAAUGAAUCUGGUGGAGUUUGCAUGAGUAAAGAUGAUGAUAUCAAAUGCAGUAUUUGCCAGGAAGAGUAUGUUGAUGGAAAUGAAGUAGGGACUUUACCUUGCCAACAUAUGUACCAUGUGAGCUGUGCGCAACAGUGGCUUCGAAUGAAGAACUGGUGUCCUAUCUGCAAAACCUCUGCAGAAUCUCAGCCACAGCCAUUUUCAUGAGACAUCAUAGUUCCACCAUCCUGUUCUGUUUUCUCUGUACAUAAAAUGUUUUUUUUUUCUUUACUUAUACAGUUAUACACAAUUGGGAACAAAUAGAAAAUAAGAUCAGGUGAAGAAAGUCCUCUUUCACCUGUAGAAAGAUUUAACAUUUCAGUUGAAAAUUCAAACCACUAAUAGUUGGUUUAAUUCCAUAUACAUAUAUUGUUAUUCCACUUUAUUCUCUUCAACAACUCUAUUUUCAUUCACUCUUACUAAGUUGAUACUUAUAGAAGUUGCAACGUUUUGGAGCCA